CGCACUCACUCAUCCGCCCCCUUUCUCUCCCUCUCUCUCUCUCUCUCGUGUUUUCCCCACACACCUCAAUAACGGUGCGUGCGAUAUAUUUGUGCAUAUAUUUUUAUGCACGGGGAUACAUUUUCAAUGGCUUUCGGCGAUCGUGGAUUAUACAUUAUAUUUCUGAACAGCAGUGGAAUAUUGGCUACCAUCGACUCCAAUUGUGAAUAGCGUAUUCCUUCUUUUCUGACUGGUGUGUGGUAUUUUUGUUGCAUGCCGAGAGACUGUCAAGACUCGAAGACCACGUUCAAUGCCGUUGGAACAUGUCCUAUGUUCCCUUUCAAGAUGCGAGGUGUGCCGUCCCCCCCUCCUAUCGCCCCCAUGCCCCUUCCUUUGCCGCUCCCUCCUACGACCACCCCGACUGGAACCCCCGUCUCUGUGUGAUCUCCGGAAAUCAGCUCUACAUGUUGGACCAGGAGGAGGUACACCCUUUGUUGAUGCGCGAGCGGCGCUCCGAGUUGCACAGGAACAAGCUGCUGCGGAGGACAGUCAGCGUUCCUGUUGAGGGGAGGCACCAUCCAGAGAUGGCUGCUGCGGAGGACAGUCAGCGUUCCUGUUGA